AUGGAGGAAGUCCGCGAGUUACUGAAGCUGAUCCUCCCAGUGACAGGAACCACCGUCCUCGAGUUCCUCCCGGGCUUCGUCUCCGUCCUUUUGGCCAGCAACAUGGAAGGUCCCAACUCGCAGCACUACGUGGACGCCGCUACAAUCUCCGUCAUGCUACUGAACGUCACGGCGCAGUCGCUUGGUCUGGGUCUUGCGUCGGCCCUUGAUACGCUGUGCUCCCAAGCGUACGGAGCCAAGAGACUCGACAAGAUCGGGGUCUACUUCCAGACUGGUGUGUUGGUUCUCGCUAUAGCGCUCGUCCCCAUGCUCGUGGUCAACUCGUUCGCCGAGCCGAUUCUCGGUUGGCUUGGCCAGAAUGCCGACGUCACCUACUUGACGCGGGACUUCUCCCGCUUGAUGUUGACCGGACUGCCGUUCCUCUUCCUCUACGAACUCGUGCGCAAGGUGAUGCAAGCGCAGAACAUCGUCAAGCCUCUCGUCGCCAUCGCAGUGAUCGGGAACCUCGUCAAUCUCGCUGCUGGCUACGUGUUCGUGUGCACACCCAGUUGA